AUGAAGGUUGAAGCUUUCAAAUAAAAUGAAUUAAGAGAAAGCACUCACAGAUCACAGGUUGAAAAUGAUCCAUAGCUACCCUAUAGUUAGAUGCUUUAAGGUCCCAUAAUGGGAAACUAGUUCAGUAAUAAUAAGCUUAUGAGAAUAGGUCUUGUAAAGCAAGAAUCACUUAAUUCGGAAUACUUGGAUUCCUAAAUGAAUAAUAGUAAUAGUGACAGAGUAUCUAAUAGGAAUGGGCAGCAGAGAAUUAUUGAAGACUAUUCUCUCAAGCAGUACUAACUUGAUCAGAUCUUUAACUGA